GGCAUCACUAUUUCGCAUUAAACUCCCGUUGGAAACCACGCUAACAUAAUUUUCGAAAGCAACACUGAUAAUUGUCAAUAUUGUUUUGAUAACUUGACAUCCAUGACCAAAGCCCCAGAUGGUUUGUUUUCUUUUCCUGAAAAUUUUUUCAUCCUUGAGUGUGUGUAUUUUUAACUAUUAAAGAAACUCAAAUAAAAGUUAUGAAAUUGUUAAAUAUUUUUGCAAACAGUUGUAAAUAUGUGGUUGGUUAAGAUUUGUACAGAAAUUGUGUAAUAUUGUGAGCAAGUACGUGGAAGUCUGAAGGGGGCAUUCACGUUGCGCAUUGCAGACUGUUAAAAAAAUAAUUCAUCGGAGUUUUUAUAUAAUUUUAACAAAAAAACGACGACAAUAAAAACUGUACUAUCGAUUUUCUCGAAUACCUCGUAAAUGAUGCAUCUCAAUCACGCCACAGCUGCAACAGCAAUGGCUACCAGUUAUCAACAUUACCCGCCACCGCAAAUAUCUACACAUGCAGUAACACCAACUACUGUGCAGCAGCAAACAACAAUUGCUGCAGGUUUACAACAGAGUCCAUUUGCGCUGCAUCAGCUAACUGCCGUACAAGCCAUACAACAUCCAACACAUCAAGCUAUGCUACAUCCGCAACAUCCGUUAGUACAUCUAUUAGAUAUAUCCUCUACUACAAGUACACCGAAUCCAACACCCAUAUCGCCACCUAAGGUAGAAGUGCAAACUGAAGAAGAGGUGGUAGUCGAUGAUCCGCGUAAAAAGAAACAAUGUCAUGUUUGCAAAAAUAAAUUUCGUCAAUUAACUACGCUGCGUAAUCAUAUGAAAAUACACACUGACGAGCGACCGUAUAAGUGUAAACAUUGUGAAAAAGCUUUUCGUCAAAUAUCAACGCUAACAAAUCAUGUUAAAAUUCAUACCGGUGAAAAGCCAUUCACAUGUAACAUAUGUGCUAAGGAUUUUCGGCAACAAAGUACACUAAUAAAUCAUAUAAAAACUCAUAAGGAGUCCAGUACACCAACGUCAUUACUUAAUUAUCAACCACCAACCAAGCCAUCUUCACGUAAGGGAGCUCAGAACUCAUACCAGAAUCGUACACCAAUAUCGAAGAAUUUAUAUUCAGGCAGUUAUAACUCACCACAAGCAGAAGAAUUGGUUAAGCCUUAUCAAUGUAAUAUCUGCAAAAGACGCUUUCCACAUAUAAGUACACUGCGUAAUCAUGAGAAUACGCAUUUGGAUCCGAAACCCUUUAAAUGUGAGUCAUGCGAUAAAUGUUUCAGUCAACAAGCCACAUUGGCCAAUCAUAAAAAGAUACACACUGGUGAUAAGCCUUACACCUGUUCCUAUUGUUCUAUGAACUUCCGGCAGCAGAGCACGCUUUCGAAUCACAUGAAGACGCACGCUACAGCUGCAGCAACCAACCCAACAACAACCACAACAAUGGCAGGAACCGCCCCACCACCACAUGGAGGAAUCAACAUGCCAACCACAACAUUAGCAGGGCAUCCUCAGGCAACACAACUAAAUGCCAAUAUGUUACAUCAACAACUACAAUUUGAACAUCCGCUGUUGCAUAUACUCGACAGUAAUACAACAGUCAGCACCAUUGUGCCCAAAGAACAAUACAACGCCAACGAACGUGUAACACAGGUAACAACAUAUAAAGGUGAGUGUCCCGAUCGCCCAUUUGUUUGCGGCGUCUGCAGGCGUGCAUUCUCUCAACACAGCACACUUAACAACCAUAUUAAGACUCAUACAGGAGAAAAACCAUAUAAAUGUAAAGUAUGCGAAACCAAUUUUCGUCAAGUUUCAACACUUAACAAUCAUAUGAAAAUUCAUACCGGAGAGAAGCCAUAUGCCUGUUCCUACUGUCCUAAACAGUUUCGCCAAAAGAGCACACUUAUUAAUCAUGUUCGAAUUCAUACAUGUUAAGCAAAUUAUAGUUUCGUUAAAGGUUAACUAUACAUAAAUAUUAUAAAUUUUUGCAAACAGUUAACUAUA